AUGUCUGGAAUCCCUUCGGGCUUUACUGCUGGAGAUUUCCAACAAUGUGAAAUUAUAGGGCGUGGAAGCUUUGGAAUUGUUUUCAAGGCAAUUUAUAAGAAAACAGGACAGACAGUCGCGAUCAAAGAGAUUGAUCUCGAAAAAACAAGCGAUGAACUUACAGAAAUUCAGAGAGAAAUCGAUAUGUUGAGAGUUUGCAAGAGCGAAUAUGUAGUAAGUUGCGAAGGAAGUACUUUAGUUGAUUCAAAAUUAUGGAUAGUAAUGGAGUAUAUGGGAGGUGGAUCAAUACGCGACCUAAUACAAAUUAGAAAGAUGCCAGAAAACACAAUAGCAAUCGUUUUAAAGCAAAUUUUACUCGCAUUAAACUUUUUACAUAAAGGCCGCAAAAUUCAUCGCGAUAUCAAGGCAGCAAACAUACUCCUUUCGAAUGAUGGUGAUAUAAAACUUGCAGAUUUUGGAGUCGCAUCAAGCCUUGAAGCCAGAACUAAAGCUUACACUUUUGUAGGGACGCCUUUCUGGAUGGCGCCAGAAAUUAUUGCAGAAGAAGGCUACAAUGAGAAAUGCGAUAUUUGGAGCUUAGGAAUUACCGCUAUCGAAGUUGCAACUGGAAUGCCGCCUUAUCAUGAAUUAUAUCCACAGAGAGUUUUAAUGCUUAUACCACAGAAUCCUCCGCCAACACUACAGGGCGAUUUUAGUCCUCAAUUCAAAGAUUUUGUUUCGAAAUGUUUAGUUAAAGAUCCAACAAAACGACCUUCAGCCGCAGAACUCUUAACUCACCCAUUUAUAAAGAGUGCUAAGAAAAAGGACAUACUUAUUCAAUAUAUUGAGAACGUAAGACCAUUUAGAAUGGCUGUUGAACCAGAUUCUGAAGAAGAUGAAGAAGAAAACGCUUCAGUUGUUGAUGAUAAGACAGAAUGGAAAUUUAGUAAGGUUUCAUUAGCUUCACCUAAUGGAAUUCAAAGUUCAAAUGUAUAUUUGGAUAUCCUUGAAAGCGCUCUUUUCUCAUUGAGUCAGGAUAAGAAAUAUGAAUCUGUUAUGAGCUCUGUAAUGAUGAUCGGAGGGAUUUUUGUUGAUAGCACCGCUAAAAAUCCUCAAUUUUGCGAAAAUUUUGUAAAAUCAGUAGUUUCUGAAUCCAUGAAAGCUCAAAAUGUUAAUUAG